GGGCGGGCGAUUCACGAAAAGAAUCCGCUAUCGUCGAAUGUGGGUCUCCAGUUCCAGAAGGAGACGCGCUGGCCGCGCUCUAGGGCCGCGGAUUUGAGCUGAAUGGUGUGGAUGCGCCAUGAUCUUCCUCAAGAUGUUCAACCUUUUUGUCUCGCGGAAGCUUCUCAAGCGCAAAGACAGUCACGCUUCGCCAGCUUCUUUGGUGGAUGAUCUACGCGCAUCGCUGCUGAGCGAUCUUCGCACGUCCGAUGGUGCCAAGAGACAACAGCAGCGUUUCUGCGGCCCCAGUGCCGCUCUAACUUUCAACUUCCUCGUCGCGGUGGCCAUCAUAUUGAUGAACAAAUCGGUUCUUGGCAGAGUUGGAUUUAACUUUCCCAUAGCGCUCACAUUCUUGCACUACUCCGUAAGCUGGAUUUUCAUGUGUAUAUUGAAUGCCUGCUCGCUUCUCCCGGCCGCUCCUCCGCUCAAAGCAACGCCAAUCUCGUCACUCUUUGGUCUCGGUAUUGUCAUGGCGUUUUCCAACGGACUCGCGAACGUCAGUCUGAAAUACAACAGUGUAGGAUUCUACCAAAUGGCCAAGAUCGCAGUCACACCUACGAUUGUAUUGUCCGAAUUCAUGCUCUUCGCAAAGAGAGUUUCCAUCCAAAAGGUGCUAGCGUUAGCUGUUGUUUCCGUGGGAGUGGCCAUUGCCACCGUGACAGACUUACAGUUCCAUUUGUUCGGAGCUCUGGUAGCAGUAGCGUGGAUCAUCCCCAGCGCGAUCAACAAGAUCCUCUGGUCGAAUCUACAACAGCAAGAAGGCUGGACGGCGCUUGCGCUUAUGUGGAGAACCACUCCGAUAACUCUCCUCACGCUUCUCAUCCUCAUGCCGUGGCUCGAUCCACCGGGAUUUUUUUCGUUCCAAUGGAGUUUCUUUAGCACAGCCGCGGUGUUAUCGUCCGCUGUUCUUGGAUUUCUUCUUCAGUGGUCUGGAGCUCUAGCACUCGGUGCCACUUCCGCGACGACUCAUGUGGUUCUCGGACAGUUUAAGACGUGCGUUAUACUUCUCGGCGGUUACGUUUUCUUCCACUCCAAUCCAGGAUCCAAGAGCCUCUCCGGCGCGACCAUGGCUUUGAGUGGCAUGGCCUUCUACACUUUCCUCAACUUAAAGCCCGAGGGAAGCGAUUCGAGCAAAGCAUCAUCCACAAAGAAGCUAAGCCGAGCAGCAGUCGCUCACGAGAGCCAAGAAUCCGUCUAGCAGCGCAGCAAAGCUCCUCCCAGAGAAAAGAGAAGUGUACAUAACUAGAGAGAAGAACACGAGUUUGAAGCUCUGCAAAGUUUGUAAGCUUUAUUUGACGAGUGAGAAGAACGAACUUAGGCAGUCCCACAAAA